AUGCAUCACCGGAGUAUAUUUCUUUUUACGUGCUUUGUUCUGGCCGACUGCCGAUUCUAUGAUUUGUAUCUUUCAUCUAUGGUAAAGCCCGUAAGAAAUACUCUACUUCGUAAUCCUUGUUGCGUGGAAGAUCCAAGCAAAAAUAUUGUCAGAGAUCUAAAACCGGACGAUGAAAUUGUCAGAACAUUUUGUACGAAUGAAUUUAAUGCUACUGAAGUGUAUGGUUUCGAAAGAUACAAAAUUAAAUACAAAUUUAAACAGAAUAUCGAAGAUACGUCGAAACUCCAUAUCAACACAAGAGCUAUCUUUAUUAAUUUAAAAAUGGAAAACGGAACAGAAGUUAAAGAUGUUAGGAUAAUACCGAAGGGACUACGUGUAAGAGAUGCUGUUUUUAUUACGGGUGCAGAUGAACUUACAUUGACAAUACCGUACGAAGCUGAUGAGGAGAUUGUAGCCCCUCAAGCGUGUACCACGAUCAGGGAAAACCCGAUGGACAUUGACAUGCCGUCUGAUUCCAGAUACAGUGCUUAUUUAUUACCUCGGUAUGGUGUUGACUUAAAGAAUUUAGAAUCUAUAAUGGAUGAUGAAUAA